GUCGUGAAGCAAGAGAGAGAGAGAGAGAGAGAGAGAGAGAGUGAGAGAGAGAUAAAAGGAAAAAGAUAGAAGACACUGGGUGCUAAGAAGAGAGAAAGAAAGAGCACGCAUAACAUACGGUCCAUAAGUGUGUAGAGUCCUGCGAGGAGGAAAAGUAGAAGGAAGCAACGGCACAGGCACAAAAGUAGUGGUAGUAAUAGUAAUAGUAGUCGUAGUCGUAAUAGUAGUACUAGUAGCAGCAGCAGUAGCAACAAAAGCAGCGGUAGAAGCAGAAGUAACGAAGAAGAAGGAGGAAGAGGAGGAGGAGAAGAAGAAGAAGUCCGAGAGCGUUACCUCCCGGAGGCGCGGCGCCGACGACGUUUGCGACUAUAAGUAAGUCUCGCGCGUCGCGUCGCGGCUUAAUGCCAUAGCCGCGUCCGUGGCGCCAAGAGGAGGGCCCCCUGGCGACGAUAAGCCUUCUUGCUUGUCCGUCGCGAACAGAGAAAAAAAAGAGACAGAGAGAAAGAAAGAGACAGAGAGAGAGAGAGAGAGAGAGAGAGAGAGAGAGAGAGAGAGAGAGAAAGAGAGAGAGAGGGAGACAACGGGUAGCUUUCACCCGCGUUUUUGAGCAGAGCGUUAUAUACCCCGCGCGGGUUGUGGAUCGCGACAGUGUAGAUAAUAGCGUGGACUAGUGCCGGUGGUGCAUGUCUGGCUUGUCCAGUUAACGCAGUGUGUCCGCGACAGUCAAUGUGAUUGUCAGUGAUCUCCGUUCUUUUUAUCUUUCAUUUCGGUGUUAAAUCGUUAAUCGUGCUUUGUGUGUCAUUGCAUCGAUUUCUCUUUUUAUAUUGUUAUUAUAGGAGAAGAAGAAGAAGAAGAAGAAGAAAUAAAAGGAAAAGGAUUAGACAAGGAUAACAUCGUUAAAAGAAAGAUAAAAGAAUCCUUUGGUGCUUGCCCUUUGUCAUAAAGUUACCCUUUUCCAAUUGGACGGUAAACUACUAGAUCGAAGAGGGAGGUUUACGAGCUUUGAGUGAUUCGACAAGGUACCCUCUCUAUUAAUCGCAAGGAAGUAAGCUUUCUCAGGAUAGUAAGAGGAGGAAAAAGACGAAGAAGAAAAAGAAGAGGAAGAAGAAGAAAAGUAAAAAGAGGAGGAUAAAGUAGGAGUGCUUUGAGAGAUAAUCGUGUUGUUCUUUUUCAUUGUUUUCCUUUUUCCCUACUUCCAAUUUCUUCUUCCUUUCCUUUCUCCUUUACUUUCUUCCUUUCCUUAUAACUUUCUUUUUUCUUUCUUCACUACGUUUCGCGACAGUUGAACGAAGUCGUUUGUACCGCACGCGCGUGUCUCGUCCUCGGUCUCCCGCGAAGAAGACAGAUAUAUACGUAUAUAUCAUGUCGGGGCUGCUUUACACGCUUCUCGGACUCGCCGCGAGUACGAGCCUCCACUGUGCCGUCAGGCGCGAAAUCAGUCCGUGCACCUGCCGACAAGAGGAGUUCUCCAGUCCCGUUAUCAAUCCGGCUCAGGCCACGGCCAAUGCCGGCAACAAUGCUCCUCCGGCGCCUCCUCCUCCCCAUCACGGAGGACACGGGGAACGCAUCGAGGUCGUCUGCGAACGUAUGGACUCCUUCGGGCAACUAGCUGAUGCCCUUAGAGGGAAGUUCACCGCCGAACAACAAAUCAUCCUAAGAGUUUCUCAUUCCAAUCUCAGGGAUAUAUCACGGCACGAUUUCAAGGAGCUAAGAAUGUCCAUAACCAGGCUCGAACUAAAUCACGAUCAUCUCGAGAUCGUUGAUGGGGACGUUUUUGCCGGUUUGGGACGGACACAAUAUUUGAGUCUUGCCGAUAACGAUGUACCAGCGAUACCGAGACACAUUUUAUCGCAUCUUUCGUUACUGAGGACUCUGGAUCUUAGCAGAAAUCGGAUUAGUCGUAUCGAUCUUGAUGAUUUUAAGUAUAAUCCGACGUUGCAGCAUCUGUCGAUGGCAGGAAAUGCGAUUUCCGAGAUGGUGCCAGGUUCAUUGCCACCGUUGGUCAAACAUCUUCAUGUGGGCCGAAACCGGCUUCACACUUUGAAUCGCACUUUACGGGAUCUGAAUCAGCUCGAAUGGUUGCUCGUAAAUUCGAACGAGCUCACAUCGUUGGACGGCGAAUUACCGUCCUCGGGGCACAAUUUAAAAAUGCUCUACGCCGUGGACAACAAGCUGACUCAUCUACCGAUAGAGUUUCGAUAUCUUCACCGUUUGGAAUCCCUUUUCCUUCAGCACAAUAAGAUUCGUAGCUUGAACGGAGCUUUACAAAAGGCACGGCGUCUGAAGUUCCUCGAGCUUUCCUACAACGAUUUGCAGGAGCUGAACGAAGAGGACUUCGUGGAAGUUGAGAUGCUGGAAGAUCUCGAGCUUGGACAUAACUCUUUGAAAUCUCUUGGUGGUACUAACGAAGAUGGAAGCGGGGCUAAUAGUGCCCUUUACCCUCUCAGGUCUCUCAAAUGCCUGAACUUGACGCACAACGAGCUACGAGAGUUCUCAUUCGCUUCGUUGCGUGGUUUGCGUGAGCUACGAUUACUCGAUCUUUCCGAUAAUAGAAUAGCUCGAUUACGUAGAGGAAGAACACCAUCGGAGAAUUUGGUCGAAGAGGAAGGUGACGAGAUGGCAGGUGGUAAUAUUCAGGACAUACGACUACAACAUAACGAGCUUAGGAGUUUAGAAGGUUCUCUAUUCGUCGGUAUGAAGGAACUUCAAAGACUCAAUCUCAGUCACAAUGCGUUAGGUCCAAUGAUUGCUCUUCGUGAUCUUCGUGGUCUCGAUCGUCUUCGUGUUCUCGAUCUAUCUCACAAUGAGCUCAUCACGCUCGAGGACACUUCUGAGACGUGGCUGCCUGCAUUGGAAGAAUUAAAUGCUUCGCAUAAUCGUUUGAUUACGCUCUCUGGCCGAGAUUUCCGCGGUUUUCCUGUAUUAUGUUCGGCAGACGUCAGCGCGAAUCGGAUACGAACGCUGAUGCCGGAAUUAGUUGCGAAUACUCGUUGUACCAUUCACGGUGUCCCAGAUGUCCUUCGUAUAUACCUUCAAGACAAUCCGGUAUUAUGCGAUGCUGGUCUGGCCGAUCUAACGGUUGCCCUCGAAGUGAAUCAUGCAAAAGUUUACGGAGUGGCAAAUAAUUGUCCAACAACGACAUCGUCAAUGCCAAUCGAAUCAACGUCAUCUUUACCACCCUUACCACCAACACUUUUAUUGGCAGCUGCCGCGGCAGCCUCGGGGGCUAAUGUUUCUUUUGCCGCGACCCUCGAAUAA